UAUUAGAAGUGGCCAGCUCUUAGCAUCGGCUAAUAAUUGCUACUUAUGCUAUGUUUUUUCUGCGGCAUUAGAAAAAUUAGCAUGUAGGCUACUCCAGGUCGACGUUUCCCAUAACAAGAUUGAUGGAGCUCUGUACAUGAAACUUUGUCCUGUGUUCUGCCUCCGAAAGAUAACACCAGCACUCUCUUCACAAUGACGGAAGAACGUAACUGCCAACCAAUUGAAGAAUGGAAGGAAUGUGAUGUCAGCUCCUGGUUAAAGUCAAUAAGAGUGAAUGAGAACUUCAUUGAGAAAAUGAAAGAGGAGGAAGUUGAUGGACAAGUUCUCCUGGAACUAACACAAAGCUAUCUGACAGAACAAAUUGGAAUGAAAUCAGGGAAGGCUCACGUGAUCAUCCAAAAAAGAAAUAAGCUAGUAGAGUCUUUACGAGUCCAGGAACCUCAAAAAGCCCUGGAAAAGAAACAAGGUAGAGAUCAGAAGAAGCAGCAAACGGUAGACAAACAGGACACUGAUGCUGGAGCAACCCAAGUCCCUACCGGUGCAGAGUCACAAAGUCAGGAACAGUCAGUGAGUGUGCUAUCCACGAAGAGGGACUGUAAACCACGGCCCAUAGGCGAGAAGGGUUCCGAAUUUACAUACUUGCAACACAGUGUACUGCAGCCUGAAUCUGGUGUUUCUGACCUUAUCACACCUUGUCAUGAAUACAAAUCAUUCGCCACAGCAGCUACAUUAUCCCGUGAAAGGCUGCAGGCCAAGUUUGCUAGAGAGGUUUUUAAAUUUGGCUCUGCGUGCAUGAAUAUGCGAUCAAAUGGUACCAUACAUUUUGGGGUGAUGGACAGUAAAGGUAACAGUGGCCAUGUGCAUGGUGAGGUGAUAGGUGUUCCUGUGAAGGAGAAAGACAUGUACAUUGAUGCAUUUGAUCACAUAGAAAGAAGUUUUUCAAAGCUGAUUAGUGAACAUGUGCGAAUGUGCAUCCGCGAACCAGAGUUCAUAAAGGUUGCAAACUGCACUGAACAUUAUGUCAUAGAAGUUGACAUCGUGCCUGAAGUAAGCAUUGUGAGAAACAAAGUUUACCCUGUCCGUCUACCAAAUUUUACGGAAACGUCUAAAAAGGUUGAGUUUGAAAAGGAAACAAUCUAUCAGAGAAAAGGGGCUAAUACAGAACCAGUUAGUGAGCAGAAUAUGUUCUACCAGCGUGUGAAAGACAGAGAUGCAAUGAGAGAAAAGGCUGAACAGUCUUAUCUAUUCGGCACACCUGAUGUCUUGCAAGACCUUGGAAGGAAAUUGAAGAUGUUAGUGACUGGUGGAAAAAAAGUCAUAGACAAAGACCAGUGGUACAUUCUUGUUACAAACAAAUUUGAAAGGGAGCAUUUGAGUUGCAUUGACUUCUUGGUGAAUAUGAAGAUAUUCUGUGUCUUUGACUUUGACCCUGAUUCUAAACGGUCUGGAUUCUGCAAUAAAUACCUUGAUCAUCAUGCUGCAAACCUGCAUUUCCUGCAGAGUUACACAAUUCCUAGUGAGAUGACCAUCAGUGCAUUUGAAAACCAUCUGCAAUUGUUUGAACAGGCAAGCUGGAUUUUUUGCAACGGACGAAAUGGCUACCGGGGAAAUGAACCUCCCUGUGAUGAAAUGACCUGGAUCCAAAUGAAAAAGACUCUUCUGAAGGAGGCAGUGUCAGUGAUCUGUAAACGAAUUCUUCCCCGGGGCACCUUUUUGGUGAUUUUUCUUCUCACUUCACCAGUGGAACUCCCAAUGGUUCACACUUUCUAUGAGUUCUAUGCGGAGAUGCAAGGCCAUGGAGACAUCAUUUGCAUUUCAGAAUCUGAAGAGAAUCACAGCAGAUGGACAGGCUAUGCGCAGGUGUCUUGCAGUCAAGAGACUGUAAACAAUAAGAGUGUUGCAGGGAUGAAAAUGAGCCACGUGAAUGCCACAAUACAAAGCAUUCAGCCUCACAUUGUGAAUUCCAGGCAUUUACCUACCCACGGUAAUGCAUUGUGUCUGCUUGAAACCGCUGAAGAAGAAAGGAUGUCUUCCUUAGAGAUCCUGGGUGUGGAUCAGUGUGACAACUCCUCAAGUGUCUUCGAAGAUGCUAAAGAGAGAGAAAAUGUUGAAAAGCAGUUUUACAGUGGUAAAGUGCGCUGGAUUAAUUUUUGGCUUGCAGAAAAUAAAUUUGUUGGAGAAUUUAUCCAAAGGGACACAUAUAAAGAAGUUUCAAAAGUUCUGAAUGACGCUCCCAGAUGGAGUAGGGACCAAAGACCUGUCAACAACAUCAAUAUAUACCACGAACCAGGAAGUGGUGGGAGCACGGUUGCACGACAUGUACUGUGGAACAACAGAAAAAGUCUAAGAUGCGCGGUUGUAAAGCCAUCAUUCCCAGUGACAGUUGUUGCAGAGCAUGCUGUAAAACUGCGUGAAUAUGAGGAAAAAGGCCCACAGAAAUGUCUUCCUGUACUCCUCCUGGUGGAAGACUAUGAGAAGGACUAUCUAGACAGCCUGAGGAAUGAAUUGGAAGUUGCCAUGAAAGCCAAGAAAAUCAGUCAAGGAACACUGUGUUUUGUACUUCUGAGCUGUCGACAGUCAUGUGUCCCAGAAAAAAUGUGCAAGGAGUCACCUUUACAGAACUUUGCCGUGAUUCACAAAUUAUCCCCUGAUGAGAAGAUACAAUUUGCACGGAAAAUGAUUGAACUUGAAGAACAGCAUCCACCAGACCACCUCUUGAUAUUUGUGUUGAUGAGUAAAGAAUUUGAGCGGACGUACAUUACCAAAUUUGUCACUGAUUUGCUGAAAGGCAUUGACCACUCUUCUGUCGUUACUCGCCUUAUUCUCUUUGUGGCUUUACUCAACACACACGUUCAAAACUCCUAUCUCUCUCAGUCUCAUUGUGAGGCUCUCUUGCAUCUAAAGAAAACACCUGAAGCUGAGAGAAAAUGCAGUGAUAGAUUCAGAAGACACUUGUUUGAGUCAUCAUUAAGUGAACAAGCCAAACUUCUUUUCAUACGCUUGAGAAAUGAGAAGACACGCAUCAGUUUUAUACGGAUGAUUAAUCCAUUAGUCGCUGAAGAAGUUCUCCACCAGCUGUUAGGGAGUGAUGAGCAGCAGAGCAGUGUAGCCAUAGACCUCCUCCAAGAAGAUGUGCUUUUUGAAAACAGUUUUGGAAAAGAAGAUUAUCACAGAUUUUUGCGGGAUCUUUGCAUGAGGCGCACCAAGAUUAGUAGAGGUGAUCAGUGUGACAGUUUAUUUUCCCCUCUCAUCGAUCACAUUCGGAAGACUGAAACCACAGAGAAGGCGGUUAAAGUUCUGGAGGAAGCCUACUCGCGUUUUGGUGAUGAUGCCUUUUUUGCUCAGCAACUUGCACGACUGCAUUACACAGAAGAAAAGUUCGAAAAAGCCAAGUACUGGGCAGAGGUAGCAGAAAAAAAGAAGCCCAACAAUUCUUUUAUCUUAGACACAAAAGGCCAGGUGUACAAGAGAUGGUUCAAUUCCAAAUGCAAAUUGCUCGAAAGCGAGAAUGUUACCGCUGAAAACACUGUGGAUGCAAUUGCAAUGGCACUAGAAGCAAUGAAGUGCUUCAGGGAAAGUGAGGCAGCAGCCAACAAGGAACAAGGAACCAUGAACAAUUCAGGCUACUUUUCAGAAGUUGACCUAGCAUUUGAUUUUUUGGAGCUAAUUUUCCUCGUGUUUCCAAAAGGAGAGAAAGGCCGUUCUGAGUGUCUGCAGUACCUGCUCACAGAGCACAUUCCAGAGGCAGUGAAAUAUCCCUGGAUAAAUUUCCACAGCCAACUGAAAAACAUUCACAAAAACAUGUGGGAUGCCAUUAAAAGUAUAUCAGAAGACCUGACUUAUUUCCAGACUGGCACCACUUCAGACGAUGAAUCACACUGUUCUGAAAUUAAGGUAAACAAUCCAAUAAAGUGGCUAGCAAAAAGAUCAUCCUGUUAUGGUAAACUUUUUGGAGGGGUACCAUUGGAUGAACUUAACGAAGAUAUCAAGAUGCACCUGGAAAUUUGUAGACUUGGUGGUGGUAACAUGUCUGCAAUCUUUUCCCUCUUGUCUAAAAAGAACCAUGCUCAGUUAGAACAGAUCAUUGCUGUUUGUUCUGGGGAAAAGCGUAUAACAGAAAUCGUCACAUACAUAGCCUCCCAGAUUGCCUUAGGUUGUCUUUCUGCAACUUCUUCCAAGCUUGCAACACUUCAAGACCUUCAGGAUCUUAGCCAGCAGUUCCGAAAAGAGAGAGGUAAAUUUUUGCCUGAUGCUCUUUUUUUGCAAACGCUGCUGUUCUGGCCUGAAGAUGAUGACAACAAGGAAGACAGAGAUGCCAAAUAUGAAAUCGUCAUGGCAGCUGUGGAUGGUCUCAAAAAAAGCUACUGCAAGAAAAUGAAAGCUGUACCUCAAAAAGAAAAGAGAAUUUUUACUCACUUCUUUCUGGGCAAAGGAAAAGGACUGAGUAAGAUUGUUCACAAGAGCAAGAUGGAAAUGCUCAACAAACUUCUCUCAAUGUCAGAGAGGAGAAUGAAAUGGCUCAGUGGAGAUGUGUGGAAAAUGCCAGAGCUUGAAUCAAUGCUGAAACGUGUUCAAGGUUGGACAAAAGAUGGCAGAGUCUACAUUGAGGGCUCUCAAAAGAAGCCGUUCAUGAUACAUGCUCUGAAUUCAGAUUCAAUCCCUUAUGAGAAUGAGGAUGUUGAGUUUUACCUGGGUUUUACUUUCGAAGGACCAGUUGCUAAUGGCAUUACAAUCAGCAGGAGCAACAAGGUGCCUGAGAAACAAUAAAGACCAGUGAGCUGGGCCCUGAAUGUGCCUUAAGAUGUCCAGUUCUUUGGGUAAAAUUCAUUAAGCUCAUGCAAGAGUGAACCCUAGUCAGUCUAACACCUGCAGCCUGCCAACACUAGUAGUAUGCUCGCUGUGCAAUAUUACCAUACUGCUCGCCUGCAUUUCACAUGAGAGCACAUGCUAGUCUGCAAAUGGAACAGUGUCGCUGGCCUAUAACUUUUAAGGUGUAUUCCAGUUUGGAUGAAAAAACUGGGGUUAUAAACAGGAUCUAAAGGAAUAUUUUAAUAUUUCUGCUGUAGAGCAAAGUCACGGUCUUUGGAAAGUGUAAUAUUUAGGACUCAUUCUUCAAGUUUUGUCAAUUCCUUCCUUCACUCUUGAUUUUGUGUUAAUUUCAUUGUUAAAAUUUUUAAAGUUGUUUUACUGAUUUGUGAUUUUCGGACUAUUUUCAUGUUACUGUGUGAUAAUUGUUAACCUUAACCUUGAAAUGCACUUUUUGUACGUCGCUUUGGAUAAAAGCAUCUGCCAAAUGAAUGUAAUGUAAUGAAAUGAAAUGAAAUGGUUACAGCCAUAGAUUUUGUUGUGUUUUCCAAAUCACUUGCACAUGCUUAAAGAUGCAGUAUGUAAGUUUGGAGAAAUGAGAAAGAGAGAGCUAGAUUUUGAAAAAAAAAAAAAAAAAACAUUCCACCCCUCCCCUCA